GGGCUGCUUGAAGAUUGCCCGACAUCAAAGAGGAAGCUGAGGAUCUCAGUCGCCUGGAAUGAGGGCGUGACUUUACAGAGCAAGAGUUCACAGCAAGGGAAACAAGAGGGGAGUUUCCGAAAUGGUUUCGGUUUCGAUGUUCGAGCUUUUUAUUGCCGAAGAAGCGGUCGUUCGCGAUCGGGAGCGGGAGAAAGAGAGGUAGAAGACAGGCGUGUCGUGUCCGCGUUUCGAUCUGUUUCUGCAGGCGAUCGUAUUCCCUCGUUCGAGUGCAGGGCUCGAUCCGGCGAUGGCCACUUCCGUGUUUCACGACCCCGUGAUCAUACUAGCCCUGGAAACAAAGCAACAAUCUCUGCUCGUUCCCAAUACGGACCCGGAGUCCUCGAUUGCUGUGUGCGACUGCUGCGGCCUCACUGAGGAGUGCACGCCGGCCUACAUAGAGCGUGUCCGAGAGCGUCACCAUGGGAAAUGGUUAUGCGGGCUAUGCGCCGAGGCCGUGAAGGACGAAAUCCUCAGGAACAAUGAGAGCCAGAGGGCUGUAGGCACUGAAGAGGCAAUGGCCAAGCUCAGGAGUUUUUGCAAGAGGUCUAGCGAUUCAAUGGGGCCACCUCCGAAUCCGACGGUGCUUCUGAUAUCCGCCGUGAAGCAGAUCCUGAAGAGGGGCUUGGACUCGAGAUCGGCUCCUGGAAGCCCUUCUAGGAACUCGACGGAAAUUCCCGGUGUUCGCGCAUUGGUCCAAUCUUGAAGUUGUUUUCAAAGUCUGAAUAAUUUGGUGGGCUGAGCAAAAGGAGUGAAUUGGAGACUCCAGAAAUAGGUCCAGUUGGGUAUAGGAUUCGUAAAGUGAUAGCUAUAGGAUGUAGCAACAAAGGGGAAACAGACAUUAAAAAAAAAGAAAGAUUUGUUCACUGC